UUGUUUUUUUGGAGCCUGUUUUGAAUGAUAGUAUUUGAAAAAGUGACAACUAAGGAAGGAAGAUACAACUAUAUGGAAGUAGAGGUUUUCAGAGGAAUUCACACCAAAUCAAAACACACGCAGUGAGUGUAGCGCAACAAUGGCAGAGUCUCAUUUUCUACCAACGGUUACAUUAUUCGACUGGUGGCUCGUUAAAUCCCCAAAUAACCGUCUAUCCAUCUCCGGCAUCUCUUCAAGAAAGGGAGAAGCGGUUCGGGUGUUUAAUUCUUCUCCUAUUGUCAGAAGAUACGAUUAUAAUUACCUUGAGACUGCCGAUGGUAUAUCUAUUUUGAUUAGAGGUAUUAUCAAUGAGGAGCGCACGCUGGAAAGUGGUUUUACUCCUCAGAUUUUCAAGAGUUUUUACAUUGGCUUUCCUUCAUACUGGGAAAGUUGUGCUCUUGAUUGCUUUAGAGAAGAAGCAGAACCUAUUACUGAUUCAGUCAAUGCUGUUAUGGAUACUGUAUCUGCAGCUCGUGAAGACAUUUCGUCUGAAGGUGACCAAAAUUCCAUUCCUACUUCAUUGGUGUUGCCUGAACAGGCUGCAGAAGAAUGCAAUGACUCAAAGGAGAUGAGUGGGUAUGGUGUUGCUUAUGGUAGCGGCGGAGAUAGACGUAGUACCAGCUUGCGUGAUAAUAAAGUUUGUCAGCAGAAGCAGCAACAGCCUGCGUCUGGAGGUUCUCUCAGACAUCCGGAUAAAGAGCAGAGCUCUUUCUCGAAGGGCUUGGAAAAUCAUGAUUCGGAUACUGUUGUUCUUGAUAAUGUAUCAGAAAAUCUUCCAGAAAUAUCAUCUCAUGCAGUGGAAAAGUCUUUUCCUACUUUUGUGUCACUAGAAAAGGCUGCGACAGAUUGCAAGCAAUUCGUUGAAGAUGAACAUGAUAUUUCGAUUAAGAUGAGUGAGGUUAAUAUUGUCCAAUGUAGUGUCGGGAAUAGGCGUAGUGCCCGAUUACAUAAUCUCAAAGUCUAUCCGAGGAAGCAACCUACUAUCGGAGGUCCUUCAAAGCAUCCAGAUGAAAAUCAGAUCUUUGCUUCAACAUCCUUGGAGAAGAGGGAAGGAGGACAGAAAAGUCCAUCGACACCGAUUGAGUCACAAUCGAAGACACUACUAAACACAUUUUCUGAACAGGUCGUUGGUAAAUUCGCAUCCAGAGUUUCAAAAACUUUGUCAGCAAAAACGGACAGACGUUAUAAGAAAAAAAGGGUUUCAAUUGAAAUAGAAGCGGUCAGACCCAAUAUAAAAUCUCCACAUGUAAGGGAUGUUAGUCACUUGAACCAGGGAAGCGAACAGAGUGUUUAUCUAGAGUCAUUGAGUCUCAAAAAAUCCAAAUAUGGUGAGCAAAAUUCCAUUCCUACUUCAUUGGUGUUGCCUGAACAUACUGCAGAAGAAUGCAAUGACUCAACGGAGAUGAGUGGGUGUGAUGUUGCUUAUGGUAGCGGUGGAGAUAGACGUAGUACCAGCCUGCGUGAUAUUAAAGUUUGUCAGCAGAAGCAGCAACAGCCUGCGUCCGGAGGUUCUCUUAGACAUCCGGAUAAAGAGCAGAGCUCUUUCUCGAAGGGCUUGGAAAAUCAUGAUUCGGGUACUGUUGUUCUUGACAAUGUGUCAGAAAAUCUUCCAGAAAUAUCAUCUCAUGCAGUGGGAAAGUCUUUUCCUACUUUUGUGUCACCAGAAAAGGCUGCGACAGAUUGCAAGCAAUUCGUUGAAGAUGAACAUGAUAUUUCGAUUAAGAUGAGUGAGGUUAAUAUUGUCCAAUGUAGUGUCGGGAAUAGGCGUAGUGCCCGAUUACAUAAUCUCAAAGUCUAUCCGAGGAAGCAACCUACUAUCGGAGGUCCUUCAAAGCAUCCAGAUGAAAAUCAGAUCUUUGCUUCAACAUCCUUGGAGAAGAGGGAAGGAGGACAGAAAAGUCCAUCGACACCGAUUGAGUCACAAUCGAAGACACUACUAAACACAUUUUCUGAACAGGUCGUUGGUAAAUUCGCAUCCAGAGUUUCAAAAACUUUGUCAGCAAAAACGGACAGACGUUGUAAGAAAAAAAGGGUUUCAAUUGAAAUAGAAGCGGUCAGACCCAAGAUAAAAUUUCCACAUGUAAGGGAUGUUAGUCACUUGAACCUGGGAAGCGAGAUAAAAUCUCCACAUGUAAGGGAUGUUAGUCACUUGAACCAGGGAAGCGGGAUAAAAUCUCCACAUGUAAGGGAUGUUAGUCACUUGAACCAGGGAGGCGGGAUAAAAUCUCCACAUGUAAGGGAUGUUAGUCACUUGAACCAGGGAAGCAAGAUAAAAUCUCCACAUGUAAGGGAUGUUAGUCACUUGAACCAGGGAAGUGAGAUAAAAUCUCCACAUGUAAGGGAUGUUAGUCACUUGAACCAGGGAAGCAAGAUAAAAUCUCCACAUGUAAGGGAUGUUAGUCACUUGAACCAGGGAAGUGAGAUAAAAUCUCCACAUGUAAGGGAUGUUAGUCACUUGAAUCAGGGAAGCGAGAUAAAAUCUCCACAUGUAAGGGAUGUUAGUCACUUGAACCAGGGAAGCAAGAUAAAAUCUCCACAUGUAAGGGAUGUUAGUCACUUGAACCAGGGAAGCGAGAUAAAAUCUCCACAUGUAAGGGAUGUUAGUCACUUGAACCAGGGAAGCAAGAUAAAAUCUCCACAUGUAAGGGAUGUUAGUCACUUGAACCAGGGAAGCGAACAGAGUGUUUCAUUAGAGUCAUUGAGUCUCAAAAAAUCCAAAUAUGGAAGGUCACUUCUACCUCCCUUAGAGUUUUGGCACAAUCAAAUACCUAUUUAUAAUACGGACCGUGAGAUUACCAAAAUUCAAGAAGGCUCGUCUUUGAUAUCACCUAUUAGAGGCUCUUCACCAUCAUUGGGAAGGUCUGCAGAAAUUAUUAGAGGUGGAAAAAGGAUUGUAUUGAGUUCAUUUCCGAAAUUAUAAAUAGUGAAGACUGAAGUCUAAUGGGUUCAAGGGAAGGAAUCAAUGAGGGAUGGUAGACUACAACAGAACAUACUGGUGGUAUAUGAUUAAUGGGGGAGCGAUUUUCGCUUGCAUGUUGUUGCAAUUGAAAAGGUUAAAUUCUCCAGUAUAUUUAUCUAACACGUCUCAGCAGUGGUUUCUUCUACUAAAAUUGAGGCACAGUACAAUUUUGCCAAGCAUGCUCAAGGAUAGUUGAGGAAUGAGUAGACAAUGUUAAAAUCGUAAUUUACUAUUAUAUUAAUAAUAUUAAUUUUGGUUUGAACCUUUACAUGAUACAUCGCAUGUAAUCUUGCUCCAAUAAGUAGAUUUGUUAAGUUAAUAAUAUUUGUUGCUAUCCAUGCUUCUUCAAAUUUGUUUCAUUUUCUA